CAGCUACCCUUUGAGCGAGUCCUUGUGGUCUCCCCACCUUUUGCUCCCUCCCCUGCGACGCGGGCCUCCCUUAUAUAAAACACAGCUUCUGCCCCUCUUCACAAGGAGAAACAGGUGGUAGCUAAAAGACAUGGCGGCCAUCGGAUCCUUUCUCCUCCCUCUCUGUCUCGUCCUCGCCAUCGCAUCCUUCACCGGAAGCACCACCGCGUCGGUAAUCCAGGAGGCAUGCGGCCGCACGUCGUUCCCCGAUCUGUGCGUCGAGUCCCUGUCCCAGAAGCCGGAGAGCCAAAGCACCGAUGAGCAUGGCCUGGCCGAGCUCGCCAUCAGGGUGGCGGCGGAGUCGGCCACGGCAGCUUCCACUUACGUCUCCAAGGGUCUGGAGGGGGCCGUCAACGAUUCGUCGUGGCACCAGUGCCUCGACGACUGCUCCGAGUCCUACGUGGACGCGGUGGAGCAGCUGGACGACUCCACGGGAGCGAUGGAAGAUAAAGGAUACGCCAACGUCAACAAGUGGGUGAGCGCGGCUAUCGCCGACGCACAGACGUGCUCGGAAGCGUGUGGGGACGUGGCUUUGCCGGAUAAGGCUACCCUCACCGAGAUGAAUACGGAGUUUACGAAUCUGUGCAAUGUUGUAUUGGGGCUUAUCGAACCUCUGUCCAAGUGAUCAUCACACGAUCACUCUAAUACUCGUCUUAUCCUCAUAAAAUAAUUCCAUUUUAUUGAUUUGUUAUCAUGCUUUACAUAAA